AUGGGCCUACUGUGGACCCCACUCUCCCUUUUGCUCCUCUUGCUUGGGAAGCCUGCCAGGACCACCCCAACCGCCCAGCUAGAAUCUGGGAGAUGGAAAGAGAACCUCAGAGGGGCCUGGAAGAGAUACACCCAUUCCCCCAGGCCCACCCUGUGGCCACCCGGCCCUGCUUCUUCCCCCAGGGGACUGGAAGCCAGCAAAGUGGUCCUCCUGCCCAGUUGUCCUGGAGCCCCAGGAAGUCCCAGAGAGAAAGGAGCUGCAGGCCCUCAAGGGCAACCUGGACCACCUGGCAAGAUGGGCCCCAAGGGUGAGCCUGGCCCCAGAAACUGCCAAGAGCUGCGGAGCCGGGGUGCCACGUUGAGCGGCUGGUACCGUCUAUGCCUACUCAAGGGCAGAGCCCUCCCAGUUUUUUGUGACAUGGACACCAAAGAGGGCGGCUGGCUGGUGUUCCAGAGGCGACAGGACGGGUCCGUGGAUUUCUUCCGCUCUUGGUCCGCCUACAAAGCAGGUUUUGGGAGCCAGGAGUCUGAAUUCUGACUGGGGAAUGAGAAUUUGCACCAGCUCACUGUUCAGGGUAACUGGGAGCUGCGGGUGGAGUUGGAGGACUUCACUGGCAACCACACCUUUGCCUGCUAUGAGGCUUUCCGCCUCCUCGGGGAGGCAGAUCACUACCAGCUGGUGCUGGGCAAGUUCUCGGAGGGCACCGCAGGAGACUUCCUGAGCCUCCACAACGGGAAGCCCUUUACCACCUACGAUGCUGACCACGAUACGAGCAAGAGCAACUGUGCCGUGACUGUCCACGGUAUCUGGUGACACGGAUCCUGCUACCGGUCCAAUCUCAACAGGCGUUACGCAACGUCUGAGGCCACCGCUCACAAGUAUGGCAUCGACUGGGCCUCAGGCCGGGGCGUGGGCCACCCUUACCGCAAGGUUCACAUGAUGCUUCGCUAGGACACCGUGGCAGCCAGCACCCUUAUCUAUCCUGUACAGCUUCCGGACCGAGGGCUACACUCCCCGUUGCCAAAUGCCUCUGCUCCCCUGUCCACGUUUAAAAAUAAAAUCACUUUAACCCUUUCCAGGCUUGCAGGACUCUUCCAGUGACUGGGAAACUCAAGAGGGCAGAGCAGGCAGUUGGCCAAGUGUCCGACUUUGGCUCACAUCAUGAUCUCAGUUCGUGAGUUCGAGCCCCGCAUCGGGCUCUGUGCUGCCAGCUCAGAGCCUGGAGCCUGCUUCAGAUUCUCUGUCUCCCUCUCUCUCUCUGCCUCCUCUGCUCGUGCUCUUUCUCUCUCUCAAAAAUAAAUAAACAUUUAAAAAAAUUAGAUUAAAAAAGAGGGCAGAGCAGAGACACGGGGUGCAGCUCUAUUCAAAGAAGAUCUUCCAGUCAGGAAGAUGGAAGGGUUGGUCUCAUAAGGUAGUGAGGCUUCUAUCUCUGGAGGUGUGCAAGACGAAGCCAGAGGAGCAUUUAAGGGAGGACUCAGAAGGAUUCAAGCAUCCACUGACAGCACCCUUGCAUCCUCUGGGUCCUACGAGUGUACAGUUUGGGGGGGGGGAUUUGUGCAGUUUUCUCCCCCUGUUGACCCAUGCCUGUCCCUUCUAAGUCCUCUGUUUUCCACCCCCUCCUCUCUCGGCAGCCAAGUUCUCAUUCUCUACUACCUCUUGCCUGUCCCAUUCGGGGCUCGUUUGAACUCUGAGUCAAACGAGGGAAGGUCCGUUUUUUUUCCACAGGGUAACAAGGCAGUGAAACAGCAGUUACUGAGUUAGCAUUUAUUAAGCCCUUAAUUCGCUAGAGUCACAUUCUAGAAAGUGGCAGAGCAACACACAGAGCACAAUACCUGCAGUCUGACAGGCAGUCGUGGGCUUGCAUUCUGCUCCAUCAUGGAACUGAGUGAUCUUGGAGACUAAGUCCCCAGUUCCUGAUUUCAGAGCCCACUGAGGUUUGCUGCCUCGCCAACACCAGGAGGUUAGGGAUUUGGGGAGCUGCGCGGGUGUGGCAGGCCAAGGGCUGAGGUUUCGGGUUCUUCUUCGGGUAGGAAGAGAAGUGUGGGUGUGGGGACUCAGGUCCCAUGGUCAUAUUCCGGGUGGAGGUCAAAGGUCAGCAAGGCUCCACAGCAGAUUGGAUGCUGGGGAAAGCAGCCUCCUGGCAAAAGGCAAAAUAAAGCCUGCGCUCAGAUGCCAAGUACCAUGUUCCUGGCAGGCAAAGGAGCAGGUUUCUCCCAUUCUAGUCCCUCUGCCUGCGCAGUGGAGCCCUGGAGAAUGUAUGUCCUUCACUGUGUUCUGCACACCCUGGUCCUCUCUGGAGAUCCAUUCAUUCC